UUGGUGAGAGAAAGACAACUCGCUUUUCUGAACGAGAAGCUAAAAUCAUUGAGCUAUGCGUUGAAUAAUCUAUUUGUGGCUUUUCAGUCUUAGUUUUUUGCCACCAACAGCAUGAAGUGUUAAUGUCGAAUUCGUUUGUGAGUGUGAUCGUGUGAGUGUGAAAUCGUACCACGCAGUGUUUAGAGCGUUCGAUUAUAGCACACUAAUUCAUCUUAUGAAAAGCAGAUUAACGUAAAAGAAGGUGGAAUAUGCCAGUCACAUCAACGUACUCGUCUAGUGGUAGUCGAUACAUUCAACCACCUGCAAGCCAAUUCUCAAAAUCAAGUUUCUCCGAUCGUGUAUACUACUCACCGCUAUUGAACAGUACUAAGACUAGCAGUUUUCGAAACAGUAGUCUUUAUCGCAACAGUUCAACGACAAGCCUGAGAAAUAACAGUAGCUACGUUUCGAAUAUACGUAACACAGCGUUAUGUGGAGCUGAAAUCUAUCAACGAUACAGUCUUUCGACGUAUAAACCUGCUGCUAGUGUUUCAUCACGUAUAACUCAGUUGAGUUUAGCAUAUUCUGGAAGGUUUCCCAAAGCGAAUUCCGCAAGCUCAUCAUUAGAAACAUCGAGUACUGAUUUAUCAGAAGAAAAGCUUCACAACAGCAGAAGCAAGGUAGAAAAAUUCAAUUUGAAAUAAAAUAAACAAACCUUUUCCAAGCAUUUUUUUAACGCAAACAUUACCAUUCAUCAAUUGCCAUGAAAUUAUUUAACAUUACUGUAAAACUGGAAGAAUCAUUUACGCAGGAAACGGUCAAUCUACGUGCACAGUCUUCUUUAGAGAGUUCAUCGAAUUCAAGUUACAAUAGUCAAUCAAUCGAUAAACACUGUGAUGCAAAAGAUUCAAUUGAUUCUUGCAUACAGUCGUCCUCUGCGAUAGUGACUGCAACUGUAACGACUGAUGAUUUAAUGAGAGAAGGAUACAAAGAAAAAGAAAUCAUUGCCAGUGACUCUGCAAAUCUACAUGUUUCGGCAACAAUACGUAUAAAGCCGCAAAGCAAUAUCAGGAAAGAUGCCAAUGCCAAUGCUAAUAGUAUCAUGGAACAAAAAUGUGAACAAGUGAAAAGAAAUGUGUCAGCUUCUGAUAAAAUAUCGAAAACUAAUACCAUCUUAACAUGGGCCACUGAAAAUCCUUGUGAUGAUGUAUCAAGCGAAAAAAAUCAAUUCAAUCGAAUCCCUAAGCGUAGCAACGUAUUGGUUGGAAAUGAUAUAAUUCGAAACGUGAAUAAAAAUGUUACGGAAGAUGUGCUCAUACCUGCAACAUUAAAUGAAGCUAGUAAGGAGACAGAUAGAGCCUUGAACAAAAGCAUUGAAACAAGCAAAGAAUGCGAAGAUGAUCAGGCCACUCAACUUCAACCCAGAAUAAACUUGAACAAACAACAAACAUCGCCAAAAACAAACGAACGCGAAGAUGAUCAAUAUCCGAAUAAAUCGCCAUCAUCUGCUAGAAUUAUAAAACCCAGUUUAAAUUAUGAAAGAUGUACAGAAGUCCAUGAUUCUCUACGGAACACAAGAGAAGGCAUGCUUCGGUUAUGUGGCAUAAUAACAGGUUUAUGUGGUCUGUGGAAUAUUGGUAAUACUUGCUUCAUGAACUCAAUGAUUCAAUGCCUCAGUCACACCCGAGAACUUACAUCAUUUCUACGAGGUCAAUCAUCAUCUGAAAGAGGUACUAGUAAAGAUCAUCUUAUAUUAGCAGAAUACACAAAGCUUAUCAAAAAUAUGUGGAGUGGAACACAACGGAGCAUUAAUCCAUCCGACCUAAAAUACGCUUUCUCUAGCAAACACCGAAUGUAUUCAGGAUCAGCCCAACAAGAUGCCCAAGAGUUUUUAAGGUUUUUCUUAGAUUCUUUACAUGGUGCUUUGAAUGCUGCUAUCAAGCGGGAUCCCUUGUCUGAAAUUGACGAUAAUAUGAACAACAAGGAUAAAGCAGAUAUGCUGUGGGAAUGGUAUUCAAAGGCAGAAAAUUCAAUGAUAAAGGAUCUGUUUGUCGGGCAGUUAAGAAGUACGCUCAAGUGUACGUUUUGCAAUAUGGAAAGUACCAUGUUUGAUCCAUUUUGGGAUUUAAGUCUACCUCUACCAUCAUCAAGUUCCCGUUGCAAGCUGGAAAACUGUCUCGAAAUGUUUAUCAAGGAGGAGAUUAUGGAUGGAAUAGAUCAACCUACGUGUUCGAAUUGCGAUACACGUCGAAAAUGCACUAAAAGAUUGACGAUCGAACGUUUUCCACGGUAUUUAGUAAUACAUCUUAAAAGAUUUUCGGAAGCACGUUGGAGCAAAUUGACCAAUAUUGUUGAGUUUCCUACCAAAAAUCGAGCUCUUAAUCUGCAACCUUAUGCCUCAGAAGACAUUUCGGGACCAAUAUACUAUUCACUGUAUGGAAUUUCGAAUCAUAUGGGAUCUACUGCUGGUGGGCAUUACGUAGCUGUUUGCAAACACCCACAAACUCAACAAUGGAAUGAGUUCAAUGAUAACUAUGUCACAGAGGCGUUCGAGCGUAAUUUAGUCACCUCAAAUGCAUAUGUUUUAUUUUACGAACGAGCAUAGGAAAUUUCUUGUUUUUUUUUCGUUUAAUCUUAAUGGUGGUUUCUUUUAAUGUUAACACAAUAGUCAAAGUCCUUAUAAUUAUUCAAGUGAUUAACUAUGAAUUUAAGAAAGAACUCUUGAAACAAAGACAAUAACAGCCCUCAAAUUAACGACAUUAACCUUAUGUAUAGAAGCGGAUUAAACGGUUAGAGAACUGAAUGGCUGUAGCCCAAGUACCUCCCCCCCUCUUUCCCUCUCCACCCACCAGGAAGAAAGGCCCGUGAACAGAAGAGCUGGGAAUAGCAAGUCAUCUCUUCUUACUGCUUAGGUCUCUCGACACCCUAAACCCGCCUCUGCUCAUGCUCAUUUUUGACAACCUUACAAAGAACCCAUGUUCAUACAAUAAUCAAAUAAAAAAUAAAGAAAACCUUGCACAUAAAAGGGCUUUCCUUCGUUACCCAUAUCUUUAACAAAAGAAAUUAAUUAGAAAAUUA